UUUCCGCUCGGCCUAUGAGAACUUCCGGUGCACAAUUUUGAAUCUUCGUUGUUCGCUUUCGGUUGCUAUCCGAGGUUUGGGCCCAAAGCAAAUGUACUGACCAUAAUCUUCAAAGAGAGAGAGAGACCAUGGAUGACGAUAAUCACAGAUUAUUUCAAAGAGUGUCAGAGAAACUGGGCUGGUCAGAGAAGGGAGGAUUGGAAACCGCAGAGAAACAGCUGAUUAAGAGCAUCAGUAAGACUCGGCGUCUGGCCACAGGCUGUCAUGGCUUCAGGGGUGCUCAAAACCUUCCUCCCCCAGUCCAGCUACACCUGCUAGACAGUGAGGAAGAGGAUGACAGAGGCUCAGGGAAAGAGAACCAGGUCUCCAAGGGCAACAGUUACAGGACCACGGUGUUCAUGGAGUCCAGUGACGAUGAUUUCGACCAGUUUCUUGUGGAGCAGGCUACACCCAAAACGGCUUCUCGGAAACAUUGCAGUGCUGCUAAGAAAGUCAGUGAACCAGUCCUUGUAUUAAGCUCAGACAGUGAUGACCACUUUGAAAACUUCCUGAGUCGUGUGAAAACUCCCAAGCCUAAGCCCAAGGAAGCGGAGCGUGGCAGUGUAGACAGCAUCAGAAACUUCAUUGUCGACAGCUUUUCCUCCGAUGAUGACUUUGUCGUUGAGAGGAAGAAAAAACCUACCUCUAAAGGUGCCUUUAAGACCCCUAAGUCGUCAUCCUUCCAGACCCCAGUCAGAAGACCCCUGUCCCAGUGUGACACUCCAGUUUUCCUCAGCGACAGUGAAGAAGAUGAUGGUAUUGUGAUGAAGAGCACGUGGAGGACAUGCCACCCUGUGCACCGGCCGCCGCCACAGACCCACAAAGUCAACGUCCUACAAAGUAACCAGAAGGACAAAAUCUUCUUUCCCUCUCCCAGCCCUCCUCCUCUGCCUUCCCUCUCUCCCUCCCCUCCUCCUUUGCCUUUCCUCUCUCCCAGCUCUCCUCCUCUCCGCUCCUCCUUCACCCCCUCCCUGACCCCCCUUCCACAGCGGAACUACUCAGCCCCGUCGAAGGUGGAGGACUCAGCCAGCUCAGAGGAAGAGUUCCUCAGCUUACUGGACAGAAUUAAGAAGAACCACAAGACCGGCAACACCCCAACACCUAAACACAACCACGGGCUAAACCCAACACCUAACACAACACUCCACACAGGCCUAAACCAUACGCAAACGGGUAACACCCCAACACCAAACCCAAACGGUAACACCACCCCAACACCUAAACACAACACGGGGCCCAAUCAGAAGCCCCCCCUGUCAGCUCCACGGCAAAAAGCCUCGAAAGAGGUGUGCCCUCGGCCGUUAUUGAGAACGCCCUUGGAUCUGAAGACCCCGGUGCGGGCGCCCGUCACUAAACCCACUGUGUCCCAGCCGGAAUCCAGACUCAAGACCAGCAGCCUUUCUUCCUCCAGUGUAUCAGCAGCAGGGUGUCAGACUCCGGGAUGUUUCCUCCAGUCUCUGUCUGGACCAGGCUCCAUCUACAGCCGCAACUUCAAACAGACCAAGGAGGAGCUCACCACCAAACUUUACCACCUGUACAACACCAGCGUGUUCAACAACAAGCUGCCCAGUAACAUGUCAGUGAGCUGGAAUAACAAGAUGAGYAAGACUGCUGGRUACUGCAUCACAGGGCAGGAGAGAGGAGGYGGGAACCGAUACGCCCGUAUCCAGCUCUCUGAGAAAGUCUGUGACUCUGCAGACCGCCUGCGUGACACGUUAGUCCAUGAGAUGUGCCARGCUGCCACCUGGUUGAUCAACAGUGUGAGGGAUGGGCACGGUCCCUUCUGGAAGCUGUACGCCCGCAAGGCCACGCUGGCACACCCCGAGCUGCCCGUGGUCACCCGCUGCCACAGCUACGACAUUAACUACAAGUACCAGUACCAGUGCAGCCGCUGCAAAAACACACUCGGUCGUCACUCUAAGUCUCUGGACACCCAGAGGUUUGUGUGUGCCCUCUGUACGGGUCCGCUGGUCCUGCUCACCCCCGCCAAGCCCCGGGCGCCCACGCCCUUCGCCAACUUCGUCAAGGAGAACUAUGGCAGUGUUCGCCAAAACCUGGCGGGUCAGAGCCACGGUGAGGUAAUGAGGAAACUCAGUGUUGACUUCGCCACCAAGACCAAACUCAGCCAGAACUGAGAGGGGGAGAGAGAUGAGCUGGAAUCAUUCUAACCUGGAUUCCACCUACAUUACUCUCGUCUCCUGGACUAUAAAGCACUCUUGAUAACUCUUGAUAAAGCACUCUUGUUCAGUAGUAUCUGUAAAAUCCUCUCUGAACAUGCCUUCUAUUCAUUCCUUGAAGGUUUCCACUGCUCUGAGUUGAAGCAAUGGUGGGAUCCUUCUCUUUCAUCCAUCCUAAUGUCUUAGAUUAGUGGGAUCCUUCUCUUUCAUCCAUCCUAAUGUCUUAGAUUAGUGGGAUCCUUAUCAUUUCAUCCAUCCUAAUGUGUUAGAUUAGUGGGAUCUUCAAGUUGAUAGGUCUGUCUUAAAUACCUCUGUGUAUGUAUCAGGUUUUCAGAGGCAGCUAGGGUGAGUGUCAUUCCUUACCUCUGUAGCUGGAGUCUCACCGUUACAGUGAAAUGAGCCAAGAGACACACUGAACAGUGACUAAAGGCAACGUGAAUCAGUCAUAUUGUUGUCUAGCCUGCCUGUGACAUGGAUUCAUACCCUUCAAGUAUCAUUUUUUGACCAACUGCUUUGAAUUAUUUGAAAUAUGAAUCAGAAAAUAGUUCCAUGAAGUUUCAUACGGUGCAUAAAAGGCAGAUCUGGCAACUUCACAUACAAUGUAUGUUACAUUUUGAAUGUUUGUCUUAAUGUUUUUUUUUUCAUGUUUUGUUUUUGAAUAAAGAUUUGAUGUUUUACA